GCUUGCUAGGCUACAACUACAUCGAUCGAUCCAUCUCCUCUCCUCUUCGACUACGUAGGCACGAGCGAGCGAGCUCGACCGUACCGUCGCAUGCAUGAUAUGAUGCCGGCGCGCGUCAUGUGGGUGAACGGCCCCAUCAUCGUGGGCGCUGGCCCCGCGGGCCUCUCGGUGGCGGCCUGCCUGCGCUCCCGCGGCGUGCCCUCCGUUGUGCUCGACCGCGCCGACUGCAUCGCCUCGCUCUGGCAGCGCCGCACCUACGACCGCCUCCGCCUCCACCUUCCCAAGAAGUUCUGCGAGCUCCCCGGCAUGCCGUUCCCCGACCACUACCCCGAGUACCCCACCAAGGACCAGUUCGUCGCCUACCUCCAGGCCUACGCCGCCCACUUCCACGUCUGCCCACGCUUCAACCAGUCCGUCGUCUCUGCGCGCUUCGACAGCGCAGCCGGCCUCUGGCGGGUGCAAGCCCAGCAUCAGCAUGGCCAUGGCGUCGAGACCACCGAGUACAUCGGGCGGUGGCUCGUGGUGGCCACGGGCGAGAACGCGGAGUGCGUCCUCCCGGAGCUGGACGGUGCUGAGGCCUUCGUGGGUCCGGUGACCCACGUCUCCGAAUACAAGUCCGGCGAGGCGUACCGCGGGAAGAGCGUGCUGGUGGUAGGCUGCGGCAACUCCGGCAUGGAGGUCUGCCUCGACCUCUGCGAGCACAAUGCCUCCCCAUCCAUGGUCGUGCGGGACUCGGUGCAUGUGCUGCCGCGUGAGAUGCUGGGCGUGGCGACCUUCUCCGUGGCCGUGUUCCUGCUGCGCUUCCUGCCGCUGUGGCUAGUGGACAGGAUCCUCGUCGUCCUCGCCGGCGUCUUCCUCGGCGACCUGGACAGGCUGGGGCUGAGGCGGCCGUCCAAGGGCCCCCUCGAGCUCAAGAACACCAAGGGCAGGACGCCCGUGCUCGACUUCGGUACGCUCGCCAGGGUCCGCUCCGGCGACAUCAGGGUCGUGCCCGGGAUCAGGCGCCUCCGAGCCGGCGGGGUGGAGCUCGUCGACGGGAGCUUCGUCGUGGCAGACGCCGUCAUACUCGCCACCGGAUACCACAGCAACGUCCCCCAGUGGCUCGAGGGAGGCGAGCUGUUCACGAGGGAAGGGUACCCGAAGGUGGCGUUCCCGGAGGGCUGGAAAGGGGCGUCGGGCCUCUACUCUGUCGGCUUCACCCGGCGGGGCCUCUCCGGCGUCUCCCUGGACGCCGUCAGGGUCGCUCAGGACAUCGCCGCCUCAUGGAACUCAUCUGCCACUGCGCCGCUGCUGCACACACAAAACGCAACAGACUUUCUUAUGAGAUAG